UUCCCUCAAAUCCCAAAUACAAACAAAGACCUUUACUCCUCAUGAAUGAUCUUCCUACAAUAAAUGGAAAUGAUGGGCUAACCGACACUACUGUUUUAGAAGACCUUUCACAGAUAAAAGAGAUCAUGAUAGUCAUGGGGACUUCUGGCUCUGGGAAGACAAGGACAUUAAUUGAAUUGUUAUGCAAGAAGUACGGAAUUUAUUUUACAGGUCUUGUAAAGGAGAAUCCGGGUUCGGGUGAUCUUCGUAUGAUGAUUGAUCAUAUAUUUCCAAGAUUAAAAGAAUCAUUACCUAAAAAUGAUCUUUAUGCUACGAGAUAUAGCAAAUGUUUAUUGUUUGCUCGAAUUUAUACUCUCAAUUAUAUAUUGGAAAAUUACGGAAAAAUAAAUCCUUGCAAUUGGGCUAUCUUACAGCUUUGUCCAACUGUUUUUUUUGAUUAUGAUAUUUUUGAGGAAAUAACCUCGGAAUUCAGAAAAAUCUCAGAACAAUAUUUGGAUGAUAAUCUUCGAAAAUUGAUUCGUAAUAUAUCGCUUC